GCGAAUUACUUUAAUUUGGACUAGACUCUUAAUAAACUCCCGUUGAAUUUUCCCGAUACCAAAAACUAAGUUUUCUUAGUAUACUAAACCAAAAAAUUAAUUGCUAAAGGUCUGGAUCAUAACAAAAUAGAUUCUCAGAUCCCGCUUGUAAUAUUGUAUCACAGAACUUUAUAAUAAAUUUUAAAUUCGUUUUAUAAUAUAUUGUGUGAAAUUUUUUACAUUCAUUUUAAACUAUUUCACCCAGAAAUCUAAAUUGUAACUUGUUUCUUUUAGUGAAGGAUAAACAGCCCACAAGAUUACCUUAUAAAAUCUGUAAGAUUACUGGAUCGAAUCUACGAGAUUGCUGGAUCUUUUGUAAAGUUAUUGAGACAAUAGUAUAAUCUUUUCUACGAUAAGGCAAUAUGCAGAUAUUCGUCAAAACUUUAACAGGAAAAACUAUAACCCUCGAGGUUGAGCCUAGCGACACGAUAGAGAAUGUUAAGGCUAAGAUUCAGGAUAAGGAAGGAAUUCCUCCAGACCAACAGAGGUUGAUAUUUGCUGGUAAGCAGCUAGAGGAUGGUAGAACACUCAGUGACUACAAUAUCCAGAAGGAGAGCACCCUACAUUUAGUGCUUAGACUCAGAGGAGGUAUGCAAAUUUUUGUUAAAACCCUCACUGGCAAGACUAUAACCCUCGAGGUUGAGCCUAGCGACACGAUAGAGAAUGUUAAGGCUAAGAUUCAGGAUAAGGAAGGAAUUCCUCCAGACCAACAGAGGUUGAUAUUUGCUGGUAAGCAGUUAGAGGAUGGUAGGACUUUGAGUGACUACAACAUCCAGAAGGAAAGCACGCUUCACUUGGUUUUGAGGCUCAGAGGAGGUUAUAAAAGUUAAAAUUACCAACUACUAACCCGAAUCGAGCGUUUUAAAAUUAAAAUCGAGACUGAUUUUUAAUUUUAAAAACCAAUGUAGUUUUAUGUAAUUUUAACCAAUUUAAUAUAUUCAUACCGUGUA